AUGAGUGAUCACGAUGACGCCUGCGAGAUUGUUGAAAUCGAUUUUGAAGUCGGACAUAGUUCAAUAAUUCGAUCUGAAGCUACAACUCUUCAUAAUCCACCACGUACUCACGAUUGGAAAAUAUAUUUACGUUCCGCUGAUGUUAAUGGUGAUUUAAGUUGUUUAAUACAGCGUUGCAUAUUUCAUCUUCAUCCUGAAUAUCCUAAUCAUAAACGUGAAUUAAAAUCAACACCAUUUGCUAUUCAAGAAACUGGCUAUGCUGGCUUUCAUCUACCAAUCGAAAUAUAUUUCAAAACCAAAAACAAACCGAAAACAUUUCGUAUUGAAUACGAUCUUGAUUUACAUAAAAGUAUCGAUGGACAUCCGUUUCGACAAAAGCAAAGCUACGUACGAAAAUAUCGCUGUACCUUUCGCAAUCCUGAUUGUGAAUUUCGUCAAAAGAUUCUUGCUGCUGGCGGAAAGAAAAAGAAAAUGAGCAAUAAAAAUAAAGAACAUAGCAGGGUUUGUCGUUUAACUGUUGUUAAAAUAGUCGAUAGUGGCCCAAUAGCUUCGAAUAAUACAGAUACCGAUGCGAGUGAUACAGACGAAGGACAAGUAUUAACACGUGAAACAGUCAUUCGUCAUUCUCCACAGCAGAAAAGACCUAUUUCACCAGCGCCUACAGUAAAUGUUGUUAACAAUAAAAAAGUAAAACUUGAACAAUCAACAAAUGAUAUUAAAAACAAAAAAGUACAAUCAGUAAUUAAGAAUGACAGUCUUAGUAAAACAAUAGUUAAUAGUAAAAAAUCUAAAUUCGUGUCAUAUAAAUCUUCCUCUGUAAUAGAAGGAAAAGUUUCUAAAAUCUUACCAAUAAAAGAAUCAAAUCAAACAAUUAUUGCGAAAGAUAAUACUGAAAAUUUAUCAUUAUCUAAAGUGCGAACAUCAACAAAAUUAGUUAAAUCACAAUCAACCAAUGAUAUUACAAAUUCCAUUCAAUCGACAAUAAGUAGCAUAAAAAAGAAAGAACCUAUUACUUCUCCAUCAAAAAGUAAAUUGGUAACAAAUCUACAAAAUGGACCAAAGAAAACAAUCAAUAAAAAUCCUUCGAAGCCUUCAAAUAAAACAGAACAGACAGUAACUUCGAUUGUUAAAUCACCUUCAAACAAUAUUAUUAAACAAGAGCUAUUAUCACAAUCACGAUCAUCAUCAUCAUCAUCAUCAACUAAUACUUGUUCCAAUAAUACUAAUACAUCAGUUCCAAUUACUAAUCUUAAAAAAAUUCCCAGAAAACCUGUACCGACACGACCGUCGUCUACAAUUGUAGAAAAAAAGUCUCGUCCAUCGAUAUCUUCUUCUUCGACAAAUCGAAAUUCGAUUCGAAAUUCACAAAAACAACAAUUAGUAUUAUCUACAACUCAAUCUAAUGCGAAACAAGAUCGUUCUUCAUCAUCUAUUAAUAGUUCUACUAAUAGCAAUUCUUCAGGCAAAGCUAAUAUUUCUAAAAAACAUUCAAUACAUCAAUCUUCGAAUUCAUCUCAACAUGACCAAUCAAAUCGUUCUUCAUCGUCACCUAAUAAGCCAUUAACAAAAACUAAAAAGUCAACUCUUCCUAAACUUUUUUGCAGUCCUUCUCAAUCCCAAAUCGAUCUUCCUAUUAAUUCAACUAUUUUAUCAUCAUCAUCAUCAUUAUCAUCGUCAUCUAGUGGUAUAUCUCAACCAUCAGCGUCUAAUUCACCAUUCACUCAUGUCUUUCAAAAUGAAAAUAAUCAUAGUCAAGCUUCAAUGGAUAUUGAUGAUAAUCCUUGUCGACGUUCAGAUAAAUCUGAUUCACCUCAUGAACAAAUUCUGAUUCAACCAAUACAAAUUUCAUCAAAUCCAAUCGUUCAAUCUGACCAAGUAGAUAUGAAUGAUAGUGAUACAUCAAUAGACGAUGGUAACGAUGAUGAAGAUUUACCAACUAGUCUUACUAACGAUGAUUUACGUUACAAAUUAAUAUAUAUUUAUAAACGUUUUCAAUUAAACUCCAUGAAUGAUCUUAUUAUAUUUGUUCGUUUCUUUAAACGACAUCAAUUAAUUGAUACAUCAUCAUUAUCAAUGGCAAAAAACAAAAAUGAAAUGUUUACUUAUGAUCUUUUUUCUCUCAGUCCUUCACACAUUGGUGAAUUAGCAAGUGAUCUUGGCUAUACAACAACGAAUAUGUUUAAUUCCAUUGCAUAG